AUGAUCGACCAAGGGAUCGAAAAGGGUGGAAACGCUAUGGGAAUCACUCGGGAAAAUGCGCAAUGGUGGACCACCCUUAUAGACUGGGAGCACGAGAGCGACGACGAGACGGUGAGAGCCGUUUCCAUUGCUACAACCGAGCGGUGGAGACAACUUGAAGUGAAGCGGGGACUCCAUGACCCGUUUGUAUACCUAAACGACGCCGCAAGGGACCAGAAUCCGCUGGGUUCCUACGGCGUGGAGAACGUCGCCAAGCUGAAGGCUGUGUCGCGGAAAUAUGAUCCCCAACAGAUCUUCCAGAAGUUGCAGAACAAUGGAUUCCUUCUCUCGAAGAGUCUGGCCCCACCCCCUUCCAGCAUCUAG